AUGGUGGGCGUCCAAGAGCCCAACAAGCGCCGCGUCUCCUACAUCAUCCCCGCCCCAGACUAUGAACCCGACAUUCUGGAGCUACCCGGUUUCGGCGCCGCUCCGGGUGGCGAUGCUCGCUCCUUCCCUUAUAUCCGUCCGAAAGGCGGUGCGAGUAACGGUGCCGCCCAGUUCGCCAGUAGAAACCCAUUUGCGAACCCACCUUCCCUGCAGCUGCCGAAGGAGACACGGCACCCGCAGCACAGGCUGGGCAUCUCGGCUCUCGCGCUCGACACGUCCACCGUUGUUAGCGGGACAAACGCACCGGGCGGCAUCCUGUACACUGGCGGGCGUGAUGGACUCGUCGCGAGUUGGGAGACCCAUGUACCACACAUGCGUCGACGCGGAAGGCGAUACCGCCCCGUGCCAGGACGGGGGACCGGUGGUCGCGUGCGGUGGGAGAGGCUCGGUGACGGAGGCCCCGACUGGGAGGACGACGACGGCGACGACGACGGGGGCGAUGAUACCUCGUCUGAGGACGACGAGGGGACCCCGGACGUAACGGGCGGCCCCAGGAAGCGCAAGGAUUUGGCGUAUGAGGACCGGUGGGAGGUUGACCACGCCGCCAUGUCACGCCACGCGCCGCCACCAACGACGUUCCGCGAGAGCGUGCAGACGCACACGGACUGGGUGAAUGCCAUGGUUCUCUGCAACAGGAACCAGACGGUCAUCACUGCUUCCUCUGAUCGCACUAUUCGUGCAUGGAGUCCGCACGACUGUGACGACGACACAGUUCCCGCGCUUAUCGGGCACCACACCGACUAUGUGCGUUCAUUGGCGUUCGCACGUCACCCUGGUGUACUAUUCUCGGGCGCCCUCGAUCGGGACAUCUCGGUGUGGGACAUUGCCAGCCCCAAACCUAACGAGCCCGUACUCAAGGUACGGCUGAGCGAAGCCGACGACCACGGUGGUUCCGGCCUCGAAGGCGAGUGGGGUAGUAUCUACGCACUGGGUGUUGACCCAGCUGGUCACUCUUUAGCAGCCGGCACGCCUGAGCGAGUGGUUCGAUUGUGGGACCCGCGCGCCGGCGAGCGCUCCGUCACCAAGCUCGUCGGCCACAGUGAAUGCGUCCGCGCCAUCCUCUUCAGCGACGACGGACGUUACAUGCUGACCGGAAGCUCGGACACGACUAUCAAGCUCUGGUCCGUCGGCGAGCACCGCUGUUUGCAUACGUUCAACCACCACACAUCGUCGGUAUGGUCGCUCUUCUCGAACCAUCCCAACCUCGAGCGCUUCUACUCGGGCUCACGCGAUGGGCACCUCUGCGUCGUUGAUGUGGAGCAGUGCGGCGACAUGUCCGAGGGCGAAUGUCUUGUGCUUGCAAGAGAGGGACAGCCCGGUGUGCCAGGCCACUACGAGAGCAAGACGGGCGACGAGGCGAUCCGCUCCAUCUGUGCAAUGGACGACGAAUACGUCUGGACCGCGACGUCGAGCUCGGACGUUCACUGCUGGCGUGACGUUGGGCGCCGCGUAAACCGUCUUGACGCGGACCAUGACGGCGCGUCGUAUCACCAAGACUUCGGUGAUGGGGCCGACGAACCGCUCGUCUCGGCGCACCUCGACACUGGCUUCGAGCCGACGUCGAUCAUGGACCCGAACCCGCUGCGCAACAAGCGGCUGUCGAUCGAUGACACGCCCGAGACGCUCAUGCGGACAGACAGCCGCGACUCGAGAACGAUCGCGUUCGCACCAUCUCCACUCCCUCGUCCCGAGAGUGGGAGCCCGACCUUCGUCGGAACGUCGCCACCUGCAUCGCCAGGGGUUUCCUCUGGCGGGUUGCGCGACCGCCCGAACCCCUCCGGCUACCGCCGCUCGACGCUGUCAGGCGCAAGCAUCCCGAACUCUAUUCUGUCGGAGGACGACGAGGACAACGUACAGCUCCACGGCCUGCCAUACGAGAGUCUGGUGUGUCUCGGCCUUCCAGACUCGCCGUACUCGUUUGGGCUGUCGUCUCACGCGGGCAUGUCGGCGGCGUCGCUGGCAUCAGGGCGCGGGCCUGAGGAGCCUGAGGUGAUGAUGCGCGAUCGCUCUAUUAACCCGCGUGACCUUGCCAGACGUGCGUUCGAGGACCGUGAGGUCACAAGCGAGGCGAAGCCGUACCGCCGCAAGCCGAUCGAGGUGAUCAAGGGUACACCAGGUCUGAUCCGGAGCCUGUGCCUCAAUGAUCGCGUCCAUGCCCUCACGCUCGACACUCGCGGUGAGAUAGCGGUGUGGCACCUCAUUCGCGGCGAGUGUCUUGGUCGUUUCGCAGCAGAGGAUGUAGCCGAGGCACUCACGCUCGAGCGUGGUGUAACAAACGUUCCGCAGGAGAUCAAGCUGCACCCGCAGGAAGUUCUCGAGCUGGUGCAACGGCGUAUCGAGGGCAAGAACAGCGUGUUACCGUGGUGCCAGCUCGACACCAAGGUCGGCCAGAUCACGGUGCACCUGGAGGGUGACCGUGUGUUCGCCGCCGAGAUCUUGGCCGAGGAGAUCGGCAUCGACGAGCGCGACCUCGAGGACACGAGCGCGGUUAAUAUUGGCAAGCUCACAUUAGCCAACCUCUUCAGAGGGUUAAUCAAGGCUGAGCAGGAUGACAUUGCUAGCACCUCGCCGACGAGCAUGACCUCGUCGUUGCCUGGCGUAGGCCGGAGUCCGCAGGCAACCACACACAUUCCCAUGAAGUCGCCGCGACACCGGCAGCGCGCCCUCAGCAACGCGUCACUCGGCGGUGGCAUCACGCCGAGUAUCAACAUUGCUGGCCUGACUACGCGAGCUCAGACGCCUGCGAUUCGGCCAGAGGGUCCGCCCCUCGGACAGAGCGCGCCGGCUGCGAGUGGAUGGCUGUCCCUUCCAGCGGCAGCGAAGGCGGCGAAUAUUCCCACAUCUUCACCAGGGAUGAGUUCGCCCAGCGUGGCUAACCACUUCACACCGGGGAGCAUGCCCGCGAGCCGCGACUAUUUCUCGCUCCGGAAGGACGGGACCAACGGGGACAAGACGCCGUCGACUCCGUCAUCGUCGACACCAGCCACCAACGAGAAGGACAAGAGCUCGAGCGGCCUACUCAAGAAGGGCUUCAAGGGGUUCGGGAAGAAGAAGGCUGUCGAGGCGUCACCGAUGGCGACUGUUACCGAGAGCAAGCGCGAGGAGAAGACGGAAGAGGUGUCCAAGCUCUCGGACCGCGAUCGGCAGCAGCUCCUGUUCCUCGACAUGGUACGGUCGCGCCCCUUCGGGCCGCCGUCAGCAACAGACGCGCCAGCGCUGCUCAUCCCGACGAGCACCCGUGUCAUCAUUUCGGAGCAGGCGCAUGCGGACGGCGCGUACAUUGUGACUUACCGCUCAACGGUGGGAAGCACAGAGAGGGACAUCGAGCCCCUCGAGCUCAACUCGCCGUUCUGGCUCUUAAACUUCCUCUUCACGAGCGCGACGCCCGAGGAGCGGCGUCCGCCCAAGAUUCCACUCAUUUUACUUCCCGAGGGCGCGUCGCGCGAUUCGGGCAAGGGCCUCAAGGUGCAGGCGUCGCGCACCGCGCGCGUGCGUGGCGUCCUGGAACACCUGCACGGUGUCCUCGCGCGCGAGGAGGGCCGCGAUCGCGCCAUGUCGGCCGCGAGCGCGAUGAGUGGCGUUGCCGAUGUGCCCGCGCGGCGACCGGAGGACACGCUCGAGCUGUGGUGCGGACAGCAUCUCGCUGACCCGGAGAUGAAGGUCGCGACGCUCAAGCAGUACUACUGGCGCGGAGGCCCGGACAUGGUCCUCCAUUACCGGCGCAAGUCAUAG